UCCAGAUCAGAUGCCCCCUAGCAGGGGCGGUCUCGAGACUCCCACCCCCAACCCCCACGGUCCUGGGUCACAAAGGCGGUUGCCAGGCGCCCAGUGGAAAAAAAGAUGCAGCCCAGGAACAGCAGCCGCCACUCUGGAGCUUACGGCAGUGGAGUUCAGCAGAACUAUCAAUGGCAGGAUACCAGCUCUGGUCACCAUGGACCCCACUGGACGAGAGCUUCCAAUGGCUGCGGCACACAACACCUACACCUUCUUCCAAGCACCCCUUUAGGGCAUCCCCCUGCUUCCCACACACCCCUUCUGACCUUGAAGUACAACUGUGCUUUCAAGAGGUCACGCUAGUCCUAGACAGCCCAUUCCUGGAAAAUGGGGUGAGUCCCAAGCUACCCUGCCACACAUCAGAGCUCCGAACCAUAAACAACAAGAAAGGGCUGGUCAGGAAGCCCCAACCUGUUCGCCUCAGUGGAGUGGAUUCGGUCUUUGGCAGAGUCAUCACGGCUCAGCCUCCAAAGUGGACUGGGACCUUCAGAGUUUCAGAUAAGUCAGCCUUUUGCAAAAUCAUCAGCCGGGAGCACCGGUGGUCCACUGGACUUAAGGAACCUCAGAUUCAGAUGACAGUGACCAUGUGCAAACAGAUGCUGCGCUCUAUCCUCUUGCUGUAUGCAACAUACAAGAAGUGUACCUUUGCCUUGCAACACUCCAAGUAAAGGGUCCCCAACUGAUUCCCGUUCCUCACACCACACCCUUUGCUAUGUGCCUGAAGCUUGCAGAAACCUGUCCAUGUAAAGGAAACUG